AUGUCCGUCCGCGUCGUAGCUCGCAUCCGCCCCCUUCUCGACAAAGAAUCCUCCAGCGACAUCAUUGUGCGCGCUGAUCGUGUUGCUGAAGGGAAGUCAUUAACCGUUGUGAAGAUUCCAAACCCCAAAAAUGAGGCAGAAGAGUUUUCGUUCAGUUUUAACAGCGUUUAUACGGAUGAGACGACGCAAGAGGAGUUUUUCAAUGCCGAAGUCACACCGCACAUCAAGCCCCUCUUCGCCGGCGUCAAUCUAACCAUCUUCGCCUACGGCGCCACUGGUACUGGCAAAACGCACACCAUGCGCGGCGGGCUUCGGCUUGCUGAUCGCGGUAUCAUCCCCCGCUUGCUCAGCGCAGUCUUCCGGCGCGCAAAGAAAGUCACCAAGGACUCUGCCGGCAAGACUACAGUUCGGGUCGCACUGAGCUACUAUGAGAUCUAUAAUGACCGGGUGUAUGACCUACUCACUCCUCCGGACAAAAGGACGCCCGCGGGGCUGCCAUUGAGAGAAAAAGACGGGAAAACAGUGGUGGUUGGAUUGCAAGAAAGGGAGUGCGCCGAUCUGAAGGACUUUGAGAAGCUUUACAUCGAAGCCAACCAGCACCGUGUGACCGCGGCGACGAAGCUGAAUGCCCACUCCUCGCGAUCUCACGCAAUCAUCCGUGUUCAAAUCACCCAAACAACCAGUGAUAUGGUUCUUGAAAGUGUUGCGUCUGCAAUUGACCUUGCCGGAGCGGAAGACAACCGUCGCACGGAGAACGACAAGACGAGGAUGGUUGAAUCAGCAGCGAUCAAUAAGAGUCUAUUUGUCCUUUCCCAAUGUAUCGACGCAAUUGUGAAAGGAGAGCAGAGGGUGCCGUACAGGGAGAGCAAGAUGACGCGCAUCUUGGGGCUGGGCCAGAAUCAGGGUGUGACGGUCAUGAUACUUAACCUAGCGCCGGUGAGGAAGUAUCAUUUGGAUACGCUGAGCAGCUUGAAUGUGGGUUGUAGGGUGAAGAGGAUUGAGGUUAAGGAGGUGAAGAACGAGUCUGUUUUUAAGGCACCAAAGGAGUUGACAACGGGGAGACAGCCUCUGAAGCCGAUUAUGAACGCGCAUAAUGUUGCUACGAGGGCGAUGGUUGGGAAGGAGAGGGGAGAGACGGAGAAGGAGAAGGGUAAGCCGGAGAGGUUAUUUAACGUUUAUGUGGACAAGAAGCCCGCCCCAACGGCUACGACGACGGCCAGACAAAAUUCAACGGCAGUCCUUGGAGCAAGACUGCCUCUUGCACCCAAGAGGCCUUCAGACGAGCCCCUGACGUUAUCCUCUCACCCCAUCAAGUUUGCUCGGCGUGCACUAGCACCCAAGCACACAGCCAGCAGCAGACAACAUCAGCAACAUAUAACAGUAACAGUAACGCCCUCCGAGCUAGAAGCCCUAGUCGAGAAGAAAGUCGCCGAAGUCCUCGCCUCCCGCCAACUCCACUCCCCUUUAGAAACCCAGGCCCAGCUCAGCGAAGACGUCCGCCGCCGUCUGGAGGUCCUCGAACGGAAGGUUGAGGAAGAAGCUGCGAAGAAGGAUGGCGCCGAGCGCGCUAAGGGGUUAAGAUGCCUGCUGAAUGCGAAGCAAGCAAAGGAGUGUGGAGAUGAGGUCACGGCGUUGGGAUGGUACGAGAAGGCGUUGGCGGUUUUUCCUGGGGAGGGGAGGUUGGUCGGCAAGAUUGAGCGGUUGAGAGCUAAGUUGGGUUUACCUUCACUAUUUGAGGAGGAAGAGCGCGCCGCGGAGAGGGAGAAGAAGUUGAGGAGGAAAAAGCUCGAGGAAGAGGAUGAGUAUCAAGACUGGAUGGACGUCGAUGCUCCAGAGAACAGCAUUGAGCCGAGGAAGUCGAGGACCCAGAAGGCCCCGAGUAAGAACACCGAAACAUCAAAAUUCGUCGUCCCCGACAAAGAAAAUCAACCCUGGCCUCUCCCCUCCGACUACACCACGGACUGUCCCCCCUCGCCGCGCACGCAACAACUCCUAGACAUCAUCAACUCCCGUGACGUGGCUCGUAUUAAGGGGCUACAUGGGUUUGGCGCAAAGAAGGCGCAGGAUUUGGUGACCGCUAUGAAUACUUACAAGGGCGAGGAGUCGGUCAAGAGUUUGGAGGAGGUGAGGAAGCUUCCGGGGGUGGGGAGGGUUGUAGAGAGGGCUUAUGAGGGGUUGGCGGUCUAA